AUGAAUGAAAGCAUCAAAGAGAUCUUGUCUUUUAAGAUGGCUGGAGGAAAACUUCACUGGUUGGUGAAGAAGCUGACCAAGAAGAAUGGCGAUGGAUACGUUAUCCUCAAGGAAAUAAAUGGCAAGGAACGAGUCCGAAGCGGGUUCUUUCCGGUAUAUGUGGGUGAAGAGAGCAAGAGGUAUGAGAUUCCAGUCACGUGGAUGUCUUCAAUAAGAUUGAUGGCAUUGUUCCUUCAAUUUCAAGAUGAAAUCAUACAAGCGGCGGCGGAACCGAUAACCUUGCCUUGUUCCACGAAAGAGUUCGAGACGGUUCUCAGUCUCGUCAAGGCGGAGAAGAUUAAGCGGUGA